AUGGGACGGGACAUCGUUUUCCAUCCACUAAAGGAGCAAGUUGCUUUAUCGUCAGUUAUUGGCAGCUUCCAACCAUGUAUACUCCCAGAUUAUUGGAUAUGUUGCAUCACUCCAUAUGGUAUGUAUACGGUGGAAGCUCUUUGUCAACGAAUCGACCACAUUCCCAUCCUCUCAUCAGGUAAUAAGUUUAUAUGGACUAAAGAAGUCCCCAUCAAAGUGUCGUGUUUUGUUUGGAGAGCUAGAACAUUAUGUAUUCCCUCAACGGUAGCACUGCAACAUCGAGCUUUUAAUACCCCAAACUCUAUCUACUCAUCAUUUAUUCCUCAAUACCCCAAACUCUAUCUACUCAUCAUCUAUUCCUCAAAUGACGCUCCAAUUUCGUGUUCUUCGGUUUGGAAACUAAAUAACGAUUCAAAGAUAGCUUACAAUAAAGCAGUUCUUCUACAUUUUUUCUUGACAAAGAUGGUGGUUUUAGAACAUAGAACGCUUCCAAGAUUUCACUCUUACUGCCAAGAUUUCAAACGAUUUCACCAUUCCAUAUGCAACAAUCGUACACACUGCAUUGUCAAAGAUCAAGUUCUCAAGUUGUGCACUAAAAUUGGAUGCUCCAUGCCGAAACCAAGUGUUGAUUUGAAUUGUAUUUUCCAAUUUAUUUUAGUCAGCACACAUCAAAUUUCCCUUAUAGGAAUUAUGUUUGUCAAUUUGUUCCAAGUAAAAUGCAAGGAGAAGGAAGUGCAUCAAGGAGUCAAUGAAGGAAAGCAAGCUUGUAGAUCUUGGAUCAUCAUUUCCGUAGGAAGCUCCAGAAGUUCGGGAUUUUCGUGAGCCAGCAGUCGGAGGUUUCAGUGUGGUUCGACAUUGUGAGGUACCUCAGGGGAUCGCGAGAAGGCGAAGGCAUGAUCGUGCACCUCCACAUGUUUUUGUUAUAUGAUUUUGGGAUUUCUCUGAUAUUGAACUUAUUUUGAAAACAAUUUGUAAACAAUGAUGGUUUUUGGGUUUGUUUAAAAGUUUAAAUUUUUCAU